UAUGAGUGGAGGUCCACAGAUUUCAUUCAUAAGCACCUGAUUGUAGCCAACGUCUUAGCCCUGCUCUGUAAAGGAGUCCCCCAGACUAUGGCAGCAUUUGGGCGGAAAUAUUUCCUCAGUGACCUGGGAUGCAAACUUCUUUCCUUUCUUCACAGAGUGGGGAGGGGAGUGUCCAUUGGGAGCGUCUGCACCUUGAUUGCGUACCAGGCCAUCACGAUCAGCCCCGGGAACUCCAGGUGGGCAGAGCUUAAAGUUAAAGCUCCCAAAUACAUUUUCCCCGCAAUUUUCCUGUGUUGGAUCCUGCAAAUGCUGGUAAAUGUCAUGUUUCCCAUCUACUUAACAAGCACAUCGAGUGAUAAGAACAUCACAGACAAAAAGGAAUUUGGAUACUGUUCUUCAGUUCGUCAUGACAAAAUGGAAGACUCACUGUUUGGAGUGUUGUUAUCAUUCCCUGAUGUGUUAUGUUUGGGGCUCAUGCUCUGGUCCA